CUAAAUUCCCCACACAAACACACAAAGAUUUCAAUAUCAAUAGUCCUAUACCAACCCUAAAAUAUAUUCCUCUCCUAUUAUCUACCUACAUAUUACUGUACACUCACAUAUGAUGGCAUCCUUGUCUUCUAAAGCUAGCCAUGAUUCUCAUGGACAAAAUUCUUCCUACUUCUUUGGAUUGCAAGAGUAUGAGAAGGACCCUUAUCACCCUAUUCAAAACCCCUCGGGAAUUAUACAAAUGGGUCUUGCCGAAAACAAGGUAUGUCCUGACCUUUUGGAUGAGUGGAUGGAGAACAAUCCAGAUGCUUUGGGAUUGAGAAGAAAUGGAGUGUCUGAGUUUAGAGAAUUAGCUCUAUUUCAAGACUAUCAUGGCUUGCCAGCUUUUAAAAAGGUGUUGGUUGAAUCAAUGGAAGAGAUACGAGGAAACAAAAUGAAAUUUGAAAAGAACAAACUGGUGCUCACUGCUGGUGCAACUGCUGCCAAUGAAAUCAUAAUAUCCUGUCUUGCCGAUCCCGGUGAAGCCUUCCUUGUUCCCACUCCUUACUAUCCAGGGUUUGACAGGGACUUAAAAUGGCGAACUGGAGUGCAAAUAAUUCCAAUUCAUUGUUCGAGUUCAAACGGUUUUCGAAUCACCGAAGUGUCGAUGGAGGAAGCCAUGGAGCAAGCCCAAUCAUUGAAUUUACGAGUCAAAGGGAUUAUGAUUACGAACCCAUCUAACCCAUUGGGCACCACAUUGAGCCAGAAAGAGCUCAACUCAGUGGUGGAUUUUGCUACAACCAACGCAAUCCACAUCGUGAGCGACGAGAUAUAUUCUGCCACAGUUUUUGAGCAACCGAAUUUCCGAACUGUCAUGGACCCGAACCUACAAAAACUCCCAAUUUGGGAUCGAAUCCACUUGGUGUACAGCUUGUCCAAAGAUUUAGGCCUACCUGGGUUUCGUGUGGGCAUGAUUUAUUCAAACGACCCAGCGGUAGUGGAUGCGGCUACUAAAAUGUCGAGCUUUUGCUUAGUUUCUUCUCAAACACAGUAUUUUGUGUCACAAAUUGUAGGGGAUGAAAAUUUUCGAGGGAAUUAUAUGCAGGAAAUGAAGCGGAGGAUCCGGAAGAGGAGAUUGAUGUUGGAGUCGAGUCUUCGACAGGGCGGUGUUAGAUGUCUGAAAGGAAAUGCGGGGUUGUUUUGUUGGGUGGAUAUGAGGCAUCUUUUGAAGUACCCGAGUUUCGAAGAGGAAAUGGAGAUUUGGAAGACGAUUUUGUAUGAGGUUGGGAUUAAUAUCUCCCCCGGCUCAUCUUUUCAUUGCUCUGAACCUGGUUGGUUCAGAAUGUGCUUUGCUAAUAUGGAGGAGCACACUUUCAAGGAGGCCAUGCAUCGUCUUAAGGCCUUUCUCAACUCUACCUCAUCUCUCAACGGCCAUGAACUCUCCCCCACUAACGUAUAAUAUGUUAUUGAUGUAGUCCAAUUGCAGGUAGAGGAUUGAAUCACAACUCAAUCAAAUAAUUAUAUUAGUUAUGUUUUCUACUCUAUAUAAUUUUGUACUAUUAAGACGUUGUAAUAUAAAUAUAGAUCGAUCCACAUAGAAUCGAUCAACUUUCAUUCCAAUUCACCUUCUUGUUGUAAACAAGGAGUUUGAUGUAUUAUUGGUUUGGUUUGUAAUAAAUUUAACUAAAGCAGUAAAUUGGAAAUUUGGUUGGAUUAAAA